ACCUGAGUGACGUCACAGCAAUGGCGGCGGCCGGGCGGCUGCUGCCGCUGCUGCUGCUCCUCCCCCUGCCCGCGCCUCCCCCGUGUCCGGUCCCUGCUCGCUGCCCAUGGCCGUGGGCCGGUGCCGUGCCGCGGUGCCGCGCUUCUGGUUCAACAGCACCAGCGGCUCCUGCCAGAGCUUCACCUAUGGAGGCUGCGAUGGGAACGCCAACAACUUCCCUACGGAACGGGAAUGCGGGAGAGCUGCGGUGAAUCUUCUGCACCGCUCCUUGCCUUGGCCCAGCGCUGACUCCAGCUAUGCCGCGCACUGCCUGGUUCCCGCGCAGACCGGCCCCUGCCGCGCCUCGUUCCCGCGCUGGUUUUACAGCGCGCGCGACGGCAGCUGCCGCCGCUUCACUUACGGCGGUUGCCAAGGCAACGGUAACAACUACGGCAGCCGGGAGGCGUGCGAGGAGCGCUGUGCCCGAGGGUGA